AUGGAAUCCAUUCCAUGCAGCUACACAACUCUACCACCACUCUCAAAUUCCUUGGAAUGGACUCAGGCGUUUAUAAGCCUCAAUAGCAAGCUAAAUCUCAAGGAUAUAGCCUACGAUGGCCAUCUAAUCCCGAUGCUUGAUGUUUCUCUCACCCUUUUCGAUCAAGCAUCGUUUAAUAAGCCGAAAUCAUUGAUUCCUUCGUCUGUUAUCGAUACUCCAUUCGUACACCUCCUCUUCCUCCAGUGCGAAGAUAACGAGUACUAUAAAUCAACUCUCAAGCCUAAAAUCAGAGAAUGGCUGCAGACAAUUAGCUCCCACAAGCGUCAAGAAUGGGUUAUUGUCCUCAUGUCUUCUUCCUCACAAAACAAGACAAACAACAUCUUCAAAAUAAAGUCUGGUGUUAUCGAUAAGAUUAGGAUGGAUUUUAACUAUGAUAAGCGUGACCGAUGUGUACAAAUAUCCCGUAUUGGGGUUAAUGGUAUUGAAGAUCCCAACUGCUGGAAUCCUCUGCUUGACAAACUUAAAGAAGCCAUCGUCGCUGGUUUUGACCUCAACAUAAACUCGCGCUUUGCUGACGUAGAAAGAUCAGAGAGUCAGAGAAAUUUGCCAGGUUGGAAUUUCUGCACUUUUUUUAUCCUAAAGGAAUCACUCGCUUUGUCUUAUAUUGGACUGAAUCUCUUCCAGGAAGCUCAAUUGGUUUACGAGCAGCUUGAGCAGCUGUUUCACCAAUCCUUAGACAACAAUACGGUCAUCAACCAAUUUAUCGACUCAGGUGGCAAGGAAAUACAUGACGACUCUGGUGACCUUCUCUCUACCACCAAGAAGCCAUAUAGACAGAUGAUACUCUCCAAUUCGAUAUCCGUGUUCGACUUCAGACUUUAUCUGUUCGCCUGUCAAUGUAACAUAGCUGGUGAGCAUCUUGGCAACGUGGAAUUGGUCGCACAACGCUCCAUUAACUUCAUUAAUAUGUUUAGUCGUUCUCUCCAGCCCAAAUUGGCGGAUCUCAGACCGUACUUUGUGCAGUACUGGAAGUUUGUCGCGAGUUUGACGACGAUAUACCAAUGUGAUCGGUGGUUCACGGAAGAGCACAAAGUGAACGACGUGAAUCGCGCCCACCAGUAUUCAUUACGCAAGGCUGAGCUGUACGAUAUAGCGAUCGACCAGCUUCAAGAUUUGAGUAUCAGAUUCGGAAUUCUGCCCAACAAAUACCCCUUUGCGCAAGACAAGUACAUCAAAGUACACGUCGACGAAAUACCCCAAACGACACACAAACAGCUACGGCAAGCACUCAGCAGCAGGCGAGAGUUUGACAAGCUUUUUAUCCAUCUCUGCAGCUCUGCUGCGCGGUACUACCGCCAAGUUGCGAAAUUUAAAAAGGCAUGGUCGCUUGAUCUCCUCGUAGCCGGACUGAACAUGGAACGCGGGCAUUACGAGUCAUCCCUCCGAUUCUUCGAGCUGCUCAACGCGUCUGAGGCGCGGUCCAUGUGGUAUUCGACGCGUAUGUAUGCUUUGCUUGGACAGCUGCUCUCGCAUGCGCAUCUUGACCGCGUGCGCGAUGAGCGCUGGGCGGACGCUGCUCUCGAUCUCGUCCAGAUCGCCUCCACACUUGAUGCGACUGAGCGGGGGAUGUCUGCUGCGAUGGUCGAUCAGAUGGGCGGUGGUGAUGUUGGUAGUUCCGCUACUUGGGGAGGUUUUGAGUGGCUGCUUCGUGAGCUCAAGAUAUUUGCGCAACACGCUCAUAAGUCUUUCGAUAUCCCCCUCAGCCCCUCCUUGAGGGUGUCAUUUUCGAGUGUGCGCCCUGAUGUUGUCUUCAGCGAUGACGACGACGGAUCGUCGAUAGAUGCGAGGAUCGAUAGCAAUCUGCCCUGCUCACUUGUCGCUGACGCAGUCGUGUUCACUUUCCACUCGCUGAGACAUAGACAUGGCAUAGAGUAUAGGUGCGACAGCGUGAGGUUGGAGCCUGGUCAUAAUGCUGUUAAGGCCUUCUGCUCGACACCUGCACAUGAUAUCUUCUUUUUGGGCGCUGUCAACGUCCUAGCGUCUGGUAUAAGCUUUUUGGAGCACAUACCCGUCAGUGAGGGCAGGAGGCGCUGCUGUCUGAACAUACCCUUCGACGCACGUGCCCUAGCUGUGAAACUGGAGAGACCAGACAAUGUUGUCGUCGGUAGUGGUGCACUUCACCUCAAAAUGAAAGCGGGGCGAAAAAAGAUGGAUGCUGCAACAGUUCGCCUCACGAGUCCCCAUUUAGUUUUCGGGUAUGUUGACAGUGAGUUAAUUGAUGACACUGAUAAUUGCAGUCUGGAGCGUAACCCUGAGAGCGUGAUAUUGCGCAACCUAGACACUCAGACAUGGUGCACCGUCGCCAUCCCCUACCACGUCUUUCAAGACACUGACGUCGCCACGGUGAACGUGCAGGUGGACUACACCUCAGACGCUAGACCCCACCAGCUCGUUAAGACGCUCGCGUACGACCUUGUCAAUCCGCUAAAGCUGCAUGUGUCGCAUACGCAGAUGAGCGAUAUAACCAUUUUGUCUGCCGAUGUAGCAGCGUCGGCUGGAUACAAUGUGCGCGUGAAAGAUGUCCGGCUUGUCAGUACGCAACAUUCGCAUCAUUCACAUUCGCAUAGCGCAGAUCCAUUCAUACUCGCUGCUGGCGAAAAAGCGUCUUAUGGAUUCACUAUUAAGAGCGACGAAUGCAGUGAUUUGGGUCUACUUGCAGAAUACAGCACUAUCGAGAAUGAAGUUUACAACAUGUCUUAUGAGAUUGUGCAGCAUGAGUUGAACGCGCACCAGCUCAAACACCACGCGCAGUGGGUGUCAAAAUUCAUCACUGCCCACCAUACAUGGAGUCACUCAAGCGGAUAUGAAUUCAAGCAGGUCGACGAGAACGCGCUCGACGAUGCUCUAAAAACAUUUGCCUUCACUGAGGGGGAGAAGCUGGCUCUGAGGGGGGUCAUAGUCGGUGCUAUCGAGCGACUACCAUCUCACCCCAUUGAGUCUCGUCAUUGGGAUAAUUGUACUCUUCCAAUCAAGCUGCCAAUCGCUGAGAUUGUCGCUUCUGGUAGCAUAAAUUUCAAGCAGCACACCUUGAGAUUGGGUGAGGCGGCGCUAGUUAGCAUUUUGUUGUCGACAAGUGGUGCUGCCGAUGGCGAAGUGCUGCACUACGAGCUCGACACACCACUUGACGAGUGGUUAAUCAGCGGCAAAGCGCGUGGGGAGUACAAGGUCGUCACCGAUAAGCCGUUCAUAUUUACUAUCACGCUUCUACCUAUAAAGAUGGGUGCUAUCACACCACCGCGUUUGAAGGUUUUCAGCAGGGCAGGCCGCACCGUGUCAACAUUCAUAGAAAAUGAACUGCAGAGAAUCGUUGUCUUUUCGAAGACGCGCUCCGAACACACUUUUUCCAUUGAGAUGCCGCGCAGAGAGCUCCUUGAUUGGGCGCGCGAGCGCGAAAAGAAUAACAAGCUCCUUUCUUACCAUGCUGGAAUGACGUUUCAGGGCCAUUAA